ACACACGGCGGAAGAGCAGGUGCGGCGCUGCCUUUCACAACAUCCGUCGUCAUCAUCUGUGCAGGGCAAAAAGCAAAGGCCACCGAGGCUGAAGAAAGGCCCGCGGAUACGUUUUCCUGAUAGAGGGAAUAAUAAACUCUUUCAUCUCCUCUUCGACACCCGAGAGACAGAGACAGAGCGAAAGAGAGUGGAGGGCCGUGGACAUGACUCUGAACCAGAACCACUCGGAGUCCGGCGGAGUCAUCAUCAACAACAGUGAAAGCGUGUUGAUGAACUAUGACAACGUGGAGCUGGUGUUCUGCGAUGCAGACAGUCUGCCCGAAGCCUUCAGAAAGAGCAAGAAGGGCAGCAUCUACCUGACUCCGUACAGGGUGAUCUUCCUGGCCAAGGGGCGGGAUGCGCUGCAGUCCAUCAUGAUGCCCUUCUACCUGAUGAAGGGAUGUGAGGUCAAACAACCUGUUCUGGGGGCCAAUUACAUCAAGGGCACCGUCGGCGCGGAGCCCGGAGGCGGCUGGGAAGGCAGUGCUACGUUCAAGUUUGUCUUUGCUGCUGGAGGAGCCAUAGAGUUCGGCCAGUACAUGCUGCAGGUUGCAGCUCAGGCAUCCAGAGGUCAGCCUGUGACUGCCGGCUUUGGCGGGUGUCCCUACAUGGCUAAUGGGGCCUACACCUACCCUCCUCCACCCGCCAACGGAAUGUACCCUGCAGGACCUCCUCCUGGUUAUUCCUACCCCAACCCUCCACCUCCAGGGGGAUUCUACCCGAGUCCUCCGGCGUUUGACGCCUCCGCGGCCUACAUACCUCCACCUCCUUAUUCUGCUCCUCUGGGACAGCAGCCACCGCAUGACCCUGACCUCCCCUCCUCAGCAGCAGCGGAGGCCAAAGCGGCCGAGGCGGCGGCGAGCGCCAGCUGUGCCACGCUGCCGCCUACACAUGUGUACCUGCCCCAGGACAAGCCUCCCCCCUACUCCCCUCCAGAGGACAAGAAGAACCAGUAGACCCGCUUGAUCUCACUCUCGUUCCUCCUUAUUCUCAUUCCAUUAACCGGACAUCUUGAGGGCCAAAGUAUUCUUUUCUGACGUCACCUCCUCUUCUCUCGUCUUCCUGGUCCCCUUCAAACUCGAUCCCUUUUUCUCGGUCCGUCGCUUUCCUGCGUCAACCUAUUAACCUUUUGCUUUUUUCAUAUAUCGUAAUCGGCUCCAUUCUCUUCGAAGCACCUUUACGCGAUGGAAAGCAGGAAAGUGCAAGUAUUGGUAGCAAUCUCUGAAGGAGACUAGGCUGCUCAGGCCAAAGUCGUCGGGCUGUCGGGGGACUUUUGUGAUAAAAUCUUUGUAACCUGAUUAGCUAUUUUAGUGUCUAUCGCCUUGCGAGUGUCCCAAGAAUCAAACUUUAAACCUAGAUUCAGCAGUGGUGUAAAGCUUAUAAUUUUCUAUGACCAUCUAUUAAACUAGACACUAAUGAAGUUAAUUACUUUGCUAAACUGUCCAGAGUCCAGCUGAAUGCAAUCUUUUAUUUUUCUAUAAUUUGUGUGUACAGGCUUUUAAUAUGUAGACUUUUAAAAUUAGGUAUUUUCUGAAGAACACUAACCUAGGGAAUAAAUAGCUUUUGUAAAGUGAGGCAGAUUGUGGGGUGGCCUGUUCUGCUGUGACAUGUUUUAGUGGACGAGGGGACCACAAAGAUUAGGGUGGCGGCAUCGAGCCCCAGACGCGAAUCUCCUGAUCCCGGAUUAGAGCAGAGAGCGAGGGCGGCCGGGGCUUGGGGGGGGGGGGGGGGACCGACCGCCAGGAGGGAUUAUCUUUAUAAUGUACAAAAGCAAAGCUGUCAACCAGUGACGUCAUUUCCUGUUUGUGUCCUGCCCCCGAACGUUCGAGAAGACAAACGAUCAGACUCACCGCCAGCCUGCUUCACGUCUCAUCCUUCCAACGUCAUACACGCGAGCGGAACCGUCACGCCGUUUCUACUUUCAGUGGUUGUGAUCUUAAUUCUCUAGUUUGGGGUCCGUCUUUCAAUCUGAUCUGAGCACCUCAGUAUCUGAGCCGCUACUCUUCCUUCCUCCGUGGUCACUAAUCUGUAUACUGUAUCUGUGGCACAUCCGUGGCUGAUUCUUUGCACUUUUAGAAUGCUAUGCAUCGGGCUCCAGUUCGCUCUGUCAUGGCUGUGUGUAAAAUAAAAGUAAAGCUCUGUAUUUAUUUCAAACUAAUUUAUUGAAGAGUUCAUGAAAAAAAAAUGGCUCAAGUAAGAAAACGAAGCAUGGUCUCAACUAAUGCAUGUAUGCAUUGGAUAGGAUUUUAUUAAACGGAUCUUGAUUCAUGUGAAACAGAUGUGUCUGUCUUUUAUUUCCGCGCCGGGUGUUACGGUUGCAAAUGAUCACAACGCAUCAGCAUAUUUCACAUAAACAUAUUCCAGCGGUCAGCAGGAGGGGUGACGUUUUCUCGCGUCGUUGGGCCAAAAACAGCCUGGACAUGUGCUUCUCCUUUCUCCAGUCGUCAGUCGUCCUCACCUCCACCUCCGCCUCCGGACGACUUGUGCAAAUCCACAGCGGUUUCCCAAAAGCAUGCAUGAUGUCCUGAGUCUUUAGUACCUCAACUAAACAACUAUACAAUGUAAAUACAUUGUAAGUGCUCACAAUGUAAAAAAAAAAAAAAAAAGAAUAACAAA